AAAGCAUGAUGGAUCCCAAGAAGAUAGAUGUGCCGGCGAUAGACCGCUUGCUUCAACUAGAUCCUUAUCUUAAACUUCACGAAAAUGAAAUAAGACGAAGAUAUGGAGAGUUUUUACGACUUUUGAAUGCUAUCAAUGACGCGGAGGGAGGCUAUCAAAACUUUUGCAAGGGUUUUCGAGAGUUUGGGAUCCAUAGGUCUGAGGAUAAUGGUGUUGUGUGUAAAGAGUGGGCUCCAGGUGCUGAGGCGCUUUUCCUCUGGGGAGACUUCAAUGGUUGGAACAAGACACAGUACAAAUUCACAAAGCUGGACUUCGGAAAAUGGGAACUCAAGUUGCCCCCAAAUUCUGAUGGAUCCUGUCCCGUCAAACAUCUGUCCAGGUUAAAGCUAGCUGUCCAGACAAAGAGUGGAGAGAUCGUGGACAGGCUGUGCCCAUGGGCCAAGUAUGUGUGUAGUCAAGACAAGGCACCAGUCUAUGAUCAGGUCUUCUGGGACCCUCCUGCCUCUCAGGUAUAUCAGUUCAAACAUCCCAGACCCAAGAGACCAGAGGGCUUGACUGUGUAUGAGUGUCAUGUGGGCAUCUCUUCCUGGGAGGGCAAGGUGGCUUCCUACAAACAUUUUACCCAUGAUGUCAUACCCAGGAUAGCAAAGUUAGGUUACAACAGCAUCCAGUUAAUGGCUAUCAUGGAACAUGCCUACUAUGCCAGUUUUGGUUACCAGGUCACUAGUUUCUUUGCUGCUUCAAGUCGUUAUGGAUCCCCUGAGGACCUGAAGGAGCUGAUUGACGUGGCUCAUUCCUACGGAAUCUCUGUUCUGCUAGAUGUCGUCCAUAGCCAUGCCUGUAAGAACGUUGUGGAUGGCCUGAACCAGUUUGAUGGCACCACUUCGUGCUACUUCCACGAUGGCGGGAGAGGAACUCACGACUUGUGGGACUCCAGGCUGUUCAACUACACAGAGUGGGAGGUGCUGCGCUUCCUGCUAUCUAACCUGGCCUGGUGGACUGAGGAGUAUAAGUUUGAUGGCUACAGGUUUGAUGGGGUCACCUCCAUGCUGUACCAUACACACGGCAUGGGUCAUGGGUUUAGUGGAGAUUACAAUGAGUAUUUCGGUCUGAACACGGACACAGAGUCUCUGGUCUACCUUAUGCUGGCUAACCACAUGUUACAUACACAGUACCCCUUCAUCAUCACAGUGGCAGAGGAGGUGUCUGGCAUGCCAGCACUGUGCCGACCGGUGGAGGAGGGGGGUGGGGGAUUUGACUACAGGCUAGCCAUGGCCAUACCAGACAUGUGGAUUAAGAUUCUGAAGCACAAGUCUGACGAGGACUGGAACAUGGGUGACAUUGUCCAUACUCUGACCAAUAGGCGGUACGGAGAGAAGGCUAUAGCAUACACAGAAAGUCAUGACCAAGCCCUGGUAGGGGACAAGUCCAUUGCCUUCUGGUUAAUGGAUAAGGACAUGUACACCCACAUGUCCACACUUUCUGAGCCUAACCUGGUUAUAGAUCGUGGCAUCGCUCUACACAAGAUGAUCCGGCUUCUGACCAUCGGACUAGGAGGGGAGGGCUACCUUAACUUUAUGGGUAAUGAGUUUGGUCACCCAGAGUGGUUAGACUUCCCACGAGCGGGAAACAACUCUAGUUAUCACUAUGCGCGACGCCAGUGGAAUCUGCUUGAUGACAAGAGCCUCAAAUACAGAUUCCUCAAUGACUUUGACCGCGAUAUGAUUCAUUUGGAGAAGAAAUAUGGUUGGCUGAAUCGUAAUGAGAACUAUGUUUCUCUCAAACACGAAGGCGACAAAGUGAUUGUGUUUGAACAAGUGGGGAAGUUGCUGUUUGUGUUCAACUUCCACUGCUCUAACAGUUACACCGAGUACAAGAUAGGAGUGGACACGCCUGGGAAAUAUAAGAUUGUCUUGGACACAGAUUCAGACAAGUAUGGUGGUCACAGACGUUUAGACCACAACACAGAGUUCAUGACAUUUAAUGAACCAUGGAAUGGUCGCAAACACCAUAUGUAUGUGUAUAGUCCCAAUAGGUGUGCUUUUGUCCUGGGUUUGGUGGAAUAACUGCCACUGUUGGGUAGAUGCCAAUGUUAUCCAGGGAGUGGAACUUUCCAGCCAGCCUAUCAAAUGCAAUGCUCUGGUCACUUAAGUUGUGCUGAGAGAAGGGCACGUGCACAGCCACAGUUGUGAGAUCACCACCUACCUGUACAUCUGCUGGAUAUGCUUGGCAAUGCAGAACAUAUAAGCUCUUGAUGUUUUUUUUUUUUAUUUAGGGUAAUUAUGUAUGUUAAUGAAAAUACUAGUUUGACAAGAUAUUUAUGCAAAUGGAUGCCUGUAUCCAUUUAUCUUGCAGUUUACAAACAAAAAUGUAAGAAUAAAAUGUGCCAUCUCUAAGAAAUAUGCCCAACAACUACUGUAAUUCUUCAACCUUUUUAACCAUUGAAGUACUUUUUUCAGCAGAAUUUAUGCAUAUAUUAUGAUGAAAAUGAACCCAAACUGAUUUGUUUGUAUCAGUAAAGAUGCAAGCUUCUUAAAACUGAGCCAAUUAUUUCUCUACACCCAAUAGUUAUCUCAAAAUAUGUUUCAAAAUAUUGUUUGCAGAGGCGAGUGAAAAGGUUGAAGAAUUAAUAGGGUAUUUGACAUUCUAGUCCCAUUAUAAAAACGGGCUAUCCUUUACCAAUAAACCCAACCACCAUCAUAUAAGUGAAAUGUUUUUGUAUUCAGCAUUAAAAGUAUCUCCCAAUAUUAUGGUUCGUCAAAAUUGCCAAUCUGUUAGUGUCAUUGUUUAUCAAUGUCAUGAAUCACCAUAAAACGGAUUGUAAGAUGUAAAUAUGGUGACAGUCAGCAAACAUGUGAGACUCUGGAUGUAUCUCACUCAUUCUACUAUUGAAGGGAGUCGUAAGUAACAAAUCUGACACGCAUCCACAAGUUUGAAAGGUGGGUGGACUAAGGUUACAACAUGGUGGGAGAAAUUGGGUCGACUAGAGCACAUUCAUGAGUCGAGGUUUCGAAUAACUGUGUUUUUUGUUUUCCAGCAUAAAUUACCAAUUAACUGAUACUUUGUGUGUGAGUUUGUGGUGGUGAUUUAGGCAUAAAUAUGCACAAAAUGGUUUAUUUUUUGAAUACAAACUUGUGGCGUUAGCUCUGUGAAAAUCGUUGAGGGAAACCAUUUAGACACCAAUCAUAAAUGACUAAAUGAUUUCAAACCAACUGCUGUAUGGUGCUAUCAGAUGUUUUGUUCAAUACGUGAUGUGGGAUCUCUUUCCACAUGUGAUGAUGCCUGAUGAAAUUAUUCAGGUACUCAUCACAACAUUUUUUGUGACUUAUGUGAGUGACUAUAAACAGUCUUGCUAUCGUGUCAUUGUCUGGUGUAGUUAGGAUCUUUGUGAAAUACUUGUCAGGUGUGACUAUUGGAAGGAAGAUGGUGAAUAUUUUGAAUUUGUGCAUAUUACACUUUUCCAUAACUGUGAAGCUUAAAAAUUCAGCUAAAAAAUUCAGCUAAUGUUAAUAUUUGCUCAGUAUUCUUUGAAGUUGAUAUUUGUUCAGGAAUAGUUUCAUUGUUUAGUAUUUAAGGUUUAUACCUCAGUAUUAAAGUAUAAGGAAAAGGGGGAUUGUUGGUGAACAAAUUAAAUAUGAGCGCUUUAAUUUUUGUUGUUUGCCAUCCAUUCUCUUUAUUCUCCCUGCUCAUUGUUAAUGUUUGUCUCACUCUGUGGUUCACAGGGGAUGGUGAUUGUUCUGGAUUAAUUACUUUGUUGCCAAAAGCGUACACCAGUAACUGACAAAUUUUACUGCUUGAGAUGGUAAAAUUGUGUGCAUUAAGCAAGGUUUUUGUUGCACCAUUGUUGGAAAUGUAAGAAUGUUUUAUUUGUCCUGUUAAUCAAGUCAUUUUAAUACUAUUGUAUUUGGUUUUAAGCUACUAUAAGGGAUCAUUUUUACUUCUUUACUGAAAUAUCUCUUGUGUGAAAAAAAAAAUUGUUGUCUAGGCAAAGGAAUCCGUAUUAUAACAAUAUUAGCUGUAUAAUGUUCAAAGCUUACCCACAAAUGUGUAUCAUAUGUCAUUGUAGAAAGGGUAUGUGUAAUUUUCAGGAUGACUUGAUGCUUUAUAUAACCAUGUGCUACAUGAGAUUGUAAACAAAUGAAGGAUUGUGUAUGCAUUAGUGCUAACUAUUAUGUAUAUUGGUUUUAUUUAAUUAAAGAAAAAAUAAAGAUGAAAAUUGCUUUUCAUUUA